UGUGUGUGUGUGUGUGUGUGUUAGUGUUGCAUACCUGUUCCUAAAGGAGUAGUUCAGUAUGUCUGUCUCUUGCUUUAUUCUCCACCUGUGCAGUGCUGCUGGUGGUGUUGUGUCUCAUCAGCCAUGCAGUUCUGCAGCCUUCAUCAGUGUGUUCUCUUCUUCCUUAUAUUCAUGUUUACCCAUGCUCCUACUCUGGCUUUCACUUCUGUAAUGGUGAAGCUGAAUCAGUCUGCGGUUCUUCCCUGUAAACAGAACUGCUCUGAUUCUCUCCGAUGGACUGUGAUUGAUAAACCACGUCUUAGUGUGGCUGAGUGUAAUCAGACAUCAUGCUGGUCAAAGGAGGGGUUUAACAUGUCUCAUGAUCAGUAUCUGAAGGGAGAUUUAUCUCUCACCAUCAAAGCAGCUGAUUACAGUAACAGAGGUUUGUACACGUGUGAAUGUGCUGGUGCAGAGGUCAAUACUGUACAGCUCAGCAUUGAGACUUUGAUGCUGUUAGCUACUUUAAAGUCUGGAGAAGAUUUGAGCCUAAAAUUACACAAAUCAAACUACACGGAGUUGAUUUAUAAAAGCAAAGAUCCACAUGAUCUGUACGGUAAACAGAUCUGCAAUGUGACUGAAGACUCACUUCAGUGUAAUGAUGAAUAUAAACACAGAGCACUACUGAAAGACUCAGUUAUAAUACUGAAGAAUCUAAAACCAUCAGAUAGUGGAGUUUACACCAUCCGGGACACACUGUAUAAAUACAUCAAUCUUAUUUGCACUCUCUCUGUGAAAGGUACAGUUCAGUGAGAAAAUAUCUCAUAUCUGUUCUAAAUAUAAUGAGUUCAAGU